AUGGCAGAUGAAGUUGAACCCAAGAGGCUGAGCCAACCAUUCUCAAUCCCAGACCCAACCAGCUUCUCCAACUUCCAACGCGACAUCUACCAAUCCUUCCGUCCACCAAUCUUCUCAACAAACCCCACAGAAUGGGAGUCCCUCGCCAAGGAAAAGGUCCCCGCCACCAACUUUGGCUAUGUGUACGGUUCAGCUAGCAGUGCUGCUACUGCAAAGGCAAAUAGCGAGGCUUUCAGUCGGUACCGCCUGAAACCGCGUUUUCUCGUUGAUGUCACCAGGCGUGAUGUUGACGUUGAGCUGUUCGGAACCAAGUAUAAGAGCCCGCUGCUUGUAGCGCCCAUUGGUGUGCAGAGUAUCUUGCAUCCUGAUGCGGAAGAAGCCACGGCGAGGGCGUGUCAUAAUGUUGGCAUGCCGAUGAUUCUAUCGACUGCUGCGACGCGAACGAUUGAGGAGGUCGCUGAGGCGAAUGCAGAUGGUGAUCGAUGGUAUCAACUCUACUGGCCAAAGCCCCAAUUUGAGGAGGUUACAGCCAGUCUUCUCGCUCGUGCGAAAGCUUCAGGCUACAAGGUUCUCGUCGUCACGCUUGAUACCUUCUCACUUGGCUGGAGACCUACAGACCUUGACACGUCUUACUUGCCGUUCAUCUGGGGCCAAGGUUGUCAGAUCGGCUUCUCGGAUCCUGUAUUCAACAAGCUGUUUGAUGAAAUGCAAAAGAAUGAUUCGCGAACCAUUGCGGAGAGGCUCGCUGAGCUUUGGACGAUCAUGAGACGGCCUGGGACCGUCUACGGAGCUGCGAGGGUUCUGGCUAAUGCAAAGACUCUGAUCAAGUCCAAAGCUUGGAUUGAUGUGAUCAAUUCUGGUACAUAUCGCUCGUGGGCAGACUUGAAGAUCUUGAAGGAUCUCUGGGAUGGACCAAUCGUUCUCAAAGGGAUUCAGACCGUGGAUGACGCUCACCUGGCUAUCGAGCAUGGAAUCGACGGUAUCAUCGUCUCUAACCAUGGCGGUCGACAACUUGACGGUGCCAUAGCGUCACUCGAUGCCCUGGCAGAUAUCGCAGCGGACAAAAAGGUCAAGGAUUCAAAUUUGACCAUUAUGUUUGACAGCGGUGUCCGAACUGGUUCAGACGUCUUGAAGGCAUUGGCCCUUGGUGCAAAGGCAGUGUGUAUCGGAAGACCGUAUGCUUAUGGUCUAGCUGCGGGCGGACAGGAAGGCGUUGAGCAUGUUUUGAAGUGUUUGUUGGCGGAUAUGGAUAAUAUGCUUGCGAAUGCUGGCAAGAAGAGCGUUCGGGACCUGAGUAGAGAUGAUCUCCAGAUCUUGCCGCUCUCCAAGAUUUGA